AUGGAUGUGGCGCCGUCGGCCCAAAACCACGAAAAUGCACCUGGUUCCUGGCAUCCUGCGAUGAGGCCCAAUUCACAUCAACUGGACGAGGCAAAUGGGGAGCAGACGGAUCAAAGUCCUCCAACGCCAUUGCCUUCUGCGGACAACAAGUAUGAAGGGGAACCGUUGGAUAAGCCACCUGGCGGUUUGAAAGAUACCGGACAACCAGAGGAUGAAGUGCUUCUACCUGUCGAAGAGGAUGACCAGAAUACCACAAGCGUGGACAGGACGGCUCAAUCAGACAUUCGGGUUGACCGUGAUCCAAAUGACCUGCCAGAUGAUGUGGAUGGGCAAACAGAGUACGCUGAGAAGCAAAAAGCUGGCCUUUCUGAGGGAGCGCUGGGCAACCUCUGGGAAGGUGCAGGAGCUGGCACCAGCUUGUCAGACUCUCACUCUCAAUUUGGACCAUCCGGAGACAGUCUAUCGCACGACUUGUGGCAAGAAGGCAAUGGUGCUCAAACAGAAUUGGCAACACUCACAGGAUUUGCCACGGAGCCAACUGAUAUUGGGAAUGCUCUAGGAGGCAAAGAAGAGAUGGCCAAGGCUUGGGACUCGGAGCCUAGCUAUGCAGAAGACCUCAGACCAGGCGAAAUCAGUCGGACCAAUUCAUUUCCGCGAGUGCCACCCUUACGGCAGACCGAAAUCAUCCCAUCGCAUUCUCUGUCGCAUUCGCAAGCAGAGGAUAUUAUGGAAGCCGAUAACAGUGCGGAGUCAAUCGAUCGUCAAUCUUCGUUGGACACCUUAACUGCCUCGACUCCGAAUGCUGGCACCCUGCUGCGGCCUUUCGAUUCAACUGGAGACGAGGAUGAGAGCUUUUUCGCCAAUCCAAACGCUGUCCACGCGGUCGAUCCAAUUGUGCAGGCCGACGAACAGUCCAGAUUCGAAGAGGGUCUACCGCUGAUGCCAUCACAUUCACCCAAGCAUUCUGCUAUGAAAGGUUCAACUCGUAGUCCGGAUGCACGAAGAUACAGUAAUGCUGAAGGCGACGACGAUAACGACUUCUUCGACAAAACGUCUCUAUCACCGUCAGACGAGACAUCAUCAUUCAGGCCGCAAGCCUUGGAUCGCAAGUCUACAAUACAAGUUCUUGACUCAUUACAUUACGCGCCCCACAGCGCCACUCAUGGAGAACCCCAGAGCACUGAAGAAAGGCUAUCGUUGGCUAAUUUGACAGGUGGAGGGAUUGCGGUCUCUGCGACCACGGUCAAGUCUCAAAUUUUUGCCGAACAGCAGAUGGAUACUACCGAGGCACAGCCAAAGGACGAAGAUCUUGCAGAAUUGUGGAAGGCUGCUUUGGGUGAUGAUGACCUCCUUGAAGACAAUGAGGAACCCCUGGAUCCAUCCUCGUUCUUUGAAGAUGAUGGCGAGGGUUUCCUCGAAGGCAGUGAAAACCAGACAGAAACCCGGAUGCAAGCAAUACCAUCACCCCCAACUCUUGAGCCGGUUCAUGGUUCAGAUGGUAGGCUGCAGGGGUUUGGCCAGAUCAGUACUAGACACUCUUCAUCACGUGACAAGUAUCUGCCAGUCUCAACUUCUCAAUCUUUCACGGUCUCCCCCACGUAUGGUUCCGGUCUUAGCAACGGUGCACCGGCCCAUCAACCGUCGCGCAUAACAUCCGACCUUAAUCACUCGGUCCCUGCACCGAACGGAUUUGCAGACACAAAUAGGGAGCAUACUUAUGCUGCUCAGACGUCUUCUUCAAGACCUCAAAUGCCGCCUUCAACGCAGAGCUUUGCAGAUAAGUCCAAGGGCGGUUAUACAUCGCCAUACGACCUCCCCAUGGAUGUAAAUCGCCCAAAGAAGCGCACUCCUUACCAGCAGUUGCGUCCGAACUCUGAUGCUCAAGUCGCAGCGGCUCGACCUCCGCCGCCAAGAAGUAGCAGCAUGUUCACCGGCGCACUGCCACCCCUUCAUGCUGAACCCCCAGUCCCGCGUCUCCCCAGCGUAGUGUCAUCUGUACCCACAGGUAACGGUUUGCCUCCGCUCAAAGCUUCGCCUAGCAUGGGUACCUUUUUCGAAGAAUUGCCCUCCAGUAAACCUCGUCCAUCAAGUAGCAUGGGCCGAGUAGCACAUCCGAGUUCUCAGCCAAGUCCACCUCCAACGAUGUCACUUCAGCGUGAUCCCCCGCGGCAAGUCUCAAUGACAAAACAGCCAUCUUCAGGGAUUUCCAGCUCCUCCCAACAAUAUCAGCUUCUGCCACCUGAAAGGAUGAGCCCUUAUGCAAACGUCUCGCAGUCAGAGCCUGUAAGCCAAAUUCUGCCAGUAGUCAACGCGAGAUACUCUCCUGCUCCGUUACAGCAAUCGAACGUUCCGCCGCCUCGGAAUCGAUAUGCUGCAUCACCAUCACUUGUUGGUCGUCCAGUCCCUUCACAAAACUUGUCUUUCCAACCUCGUACUUCAAGCCCGCUUGCACAGAAUAGCGCGUUGCCGCAAGGCAACCAUCGAACAUCCGUUUCUGACCCUUCGUUGCACCGGCCAAUGUCGAGCGGAAGACAAGCCGUAUUAGCCCAAGACUCAGUGUCUCUAAGCUCUGACCCGAGCCACCAGAAUGCCAGCAUCAAGGAACCGAACGCAAAGCAGAAUGAGAGCACUGGCAGGCUCGAGAACAACUCACAACUCAGAGACCUGCCUCCGCCUUUGGCCCCUACCCACUAUGCACCUCUCAGCAAUUUUCCUUCGGACUCAUCCUAUGUUAUUAACACACCAGACGCCGAUCGUACGUCGUCGGAUGGGUCUGCAUCCUUUCAACAGCCUCAAAAAUCGCCAACGAAUGCCUCUGGAACUUCUGCUCGUGGGCCAUCACCUCGAAGAUCCCAAUCGCAGUCACCAGGCACUGGCAAGUACAACCCAGAGCUGCCUCAAAGCAUGCAAAAUCAAUAUCAGCGGCCAGCCUCUGUCAACAACCACGUGUCAUUACCAUCUGCAGAGAGUAGACCGAUACCGAAUCAAAUGCGACCACGCGAAAGGACCUUUUCCAAGGAUCUUACUUACAUCAAACCGUCUGAUGGUCGGGAAACGGACCAUCUCGAGCGCUGGAAAGGAUGCCCAAUCAUUUCUUUUGGUUUUGGUGGUACAAUUGUAACAAGCUUUCCGAAGCAGGUUCCUCGCUACGCGGCAGGCCAAAACACACCGAUGAUCAAGUGUAGCCCUGGGGAGGUUAAAAUCUUAGAUGGCAAGAUUCUUCCUCUCGAUGAAGAUGUUGCGACCUUUCCCGGGCCUCUGAGGUCCAAAAGCAAAAAAAAGGACGUCCUGGACUGGCUGCAAAGACGAAUUGCUCACCUAGAAAGCAGCGGGGCCGGCCAAAUCAGAAGCGCAACUCUCCCAGAUCCAAGAAAGCGUCAUGAGGAAAAGAUGUUGUUGUGGAAAAUUGUGCGAGUUGUGGUUGAGCAUGAUGGUGCGGUCGAUGGCAACGCUUCCGCCGAAAAUGCCAUCAGACCAAUACUUUCUCCAGAACUGACGGUGGGAGACACUGCGUCCCUUCCUCCCCGAUAUAUCAAUUCACCACUUCUGGGCAUCUCACGGAACAGUGGCUCUCGUAUUAUUCCGGAUCCCGUGAAGCCAGAGACGAUGGAAGGUCUGCGCAAGCUCCUAUUGCACGGCGAGCGAGAGAAAGCCGUCUGGCAUGCUGUUGACAAUCGAUUAUGGGCUCAUGCAAUGUUACUAGCCUCUACGCUGGAAAAAAAUGUGUGGAAACAAGUAUCCCAAGAGUUUGUGCGCCAGGAAGUCAAGACCUCUGGAGACAACACCGAGUCACUAGCUGCGCUCUAUCAAAUCUUCGCUGGGAAUUGGGAUGAGAGUAUGGACGAGCUUGUGCCACCAUCUGCUCGCGCUGGUCUUCAGAUGGUAAGUAAGACUGCCACCACUGGACCUACGAAGAAUGCACUCGAUGGCUUGGACCGGUGGCGAGAAACCUUGACAUUGAUUCUGAGCAAUCGCAGCGUUGAUGAUGGAAGAGCUUUGGUGUCACUGGGACAGUUACUUGCCGGCUAUGGGAGAACUGAAGCAGCGCACAUCUGUUAUAUCUUCGCCAAGUCGCCUGGACUCUUCGGCGGACCUGAUGAUUCCCAAGUGAGCAUUGCUCUUCUCGGGGCCGACCAUUUGCAGCGGCCCUUCGACUAUGGCAGAGAUUUGGACAGCAUACUCCUUACAGAAGUCUACGACUUUGCCCGUACAGUGCUUGCACCGUCUUCUGCUGCGACGGUAUCACCGCACCUACAGUCAUAUAAGCUAUAUCAUGCGAUGAUCUUAGCUGAGAAUGGGUACAAAUCAGAAGCACAACAAUAUUGUGAGGUUAUCACGAGCGCACUGAAUUCGACCACCAAGCGAUCACCGUACUACCAUAGUCUCUUGUUUGGAGCCUUAGAAUGCCUAGUGGAUAGGCUUCGUCAAGCACCACGAGAUAGUUCUGGAUCAUGGAUAUCGAAACCCAGCAUCGAUAAAGUUUCAGGUUCUAUAUGGGCGAAGUUCAAUCAAUACGUGGCUGGGGACGAAAGCGAUGCUGCAUCCACAGGAUCUGGCAAAGCACUCGAACAAGAUGUAGGGCCAUUCGCGAGAGUUGCUGGCGACUCGCCCAACCUUAGUCGGACUCCAUCUUCAAGCGACAUGUACACCACUUAUGCUCCAGGGAUUGGAGUCAGCCCACCAGCCCAUAUAGGCAAUCUUUCGAAUUCUCGAUAUGCGCCAGCUGGUCCUUAUAUCCCCCGGCCUUCUCUAGAACAAUCGGGUAAUUCUUCACAGGAUCAUCAAAGAUCAACACAGGCACAGAACGACUCUCUUCGACCAGGGUUUGCCCCACAGCAAUACCAAUCUAGACCUGUGUCAUCUACUGGCUCUUACCCUGAGUCGUAUAAACCAUCAUCUCAGCCAUCGAGCUAUCCUCCACGUACUGAAAGCUAUCUACCAACACCGCCUUCACAGCCGGAGCACAUGCGUAUCGCUCCGCCCGAAGAUCCGUUAUUGUCUCUCUACCAACAAGAUUCUUAUCGGCCGACUCCGCCUUUGAAGCCGGAGCCAUCUCGCGAACAGUUUCAGUCCCUACUCCAAUCUGAAUCGGCUGGGGAUUAUCAGCCGUCUUCGACGACUUAUGAACCUCCAUCAUACACAUACGAGCCCCCUUCGACGAGCGGCUAUGAGCCACCGCCUAUAGACAGCUACAAUCCGCCCGUGUACGACCCUUAUGUUCCACAGGCUGGAGAUUCCCCAGUUGAAGAAAACCCAAAGAAAAAAUCUUCCAUGGACGAUAACGAUGGCGAUGACUUCAAUGCGCGGGCAGCUGCUCUUCGGAAAGAAGAGAAGGCGCGAAAGGAUGGAGAGGCUGACGAGGCCUUCAGAAGAGCCGCCGAAGCGGAUGCGCAGAAGGACAAGGCGCCCAAGCUUAAGAGCAAAAAGUCUGGAUGGUUCGGUGGCUGGCUCGGCAGCAAGAAAGAGGGCGAUGCUACUGAAGCCCACGGCACGCCCAAUGCACCUAUCAAAGCUAAGCUCGGCGAACAAAACUCCUUUUACUACGAUUCCGAAAAGAAGAGAUGGAUCAACAAGAAGGACCCUGAUGGAACCGCUGCAGCCGCCCCUGCACCACCACCACCCAAAGGUCCGCCUUCCAGAGUGGUCAGCGCAGCUGGACCUCCUCGGCCGAGUAGUACCGCACCUCCAGCAGUGCCUCCACUUCCCACGGCGAUGGCUACUCCGCCUAUCAAUGUCACUAGGCCGAUGACUUCGAAUCCGCUAUUAUCUAACCCUGCAUCUCAGUAUCCGUCACGAAGUCCGUCGCCGGCCGUGAACGCCCCAACCACUACUGAGGAGGCAUCAACCGACCCAAGCGCGGCAUCAAUGCUCUCGGCUACAGGUCCAUUGUCCGGACCGCCUUCGGCUCCCCCAUCAAGACCAGCGACGGGAAUGAGCGGUGCGAGUAGUAUUGAUGAUUUGAUUGGAGUACCGCAGGCCAGGAAGGGCGGAACGGUCAGGAAGGGGAAGAAAGGCAGGGGGUAUGUCGAUGUAAUGGCGAAAUAG